AUGAUCCACGGCGCCUCCGAGGCCGCGGCAGAGCCAGCCGUAACAGCUGAGCAGUCCAACCAGGAAGCCAGGAAGAACCUUGCCAUGGGCGAGUUCAAGCGACCCGCGGCUUUGAAAGCUUCUGCCUACGUGGCGAUGCUCCUGUCACCGGGCGGCGCAAGUGCCUUCCACUUCCUCCCGCCGCCGCCGCCGCCGCCGACAGCGACAGCAGCAGCAGCAGCAGCAGCAGCAGGAGGAGGACUCGCGCCUCCUGCGUGUCGACGCGACGCCCCCCCGGUGCUAGCGUCAGCUGCGGGACGGUGUGAAAAUCGCUGUGGUUGGCGCAACAACGAUCGCCCUCCGCGGCGGCUUCGACGUCCAUGCUCCAUGCAGGCCGGCGACGGCGGUGUUUGCAGCGGCGGCAGUGGCUGUGGCCGCCCACGUGCAGCAGGUGGCGGCGGAGGCGUUGGGGCUCUCCGUUGCUCUUCACAAGAGGUGUUGUCUUCCACCGUGGACCAGCAGGCUUACACGGUGGUGACCACCUGGCGCUACGAAGGCUCGGCGGUCGACGUCCCGUGGCGAUCCCUCGGCGACAUGCUCUUCGAGAUGGGGGCCUGUUGGUGCUCGGUAUACGUCGGAGAAGAAGAAGAAGAAGAAGAAGAAGGGUUAGAGAGACAAGGCCACCGAGAGCAAUGGCCGGGGGAGACGGAGGCGGUGCAAUGGGGCCGAGGAGCGAUGCUGACGUUCGCCCUGGAGGAAGGAGGAGGAGGGGAUGUUGGUGCCGUGCUGGAGGCGGCGUGCGCUCUUGCCGGCGGUCCUGACGACUGCUUCGGCUCCUUGGAUUGGGAGGAAGGGCCGGCGGAGUGCUUCGACCAGUGGGAGGCCACUCGGUCGUCGGAAGGAUUCGACACCGUCACUAUGCGGAGGCUCCAGAUAUCGGCCGUGCAGCGGCGGGAAGAGCAGGUCCCGAGCUCGAGGGGGCUCCGCAGCGUCAAGCUGCUGGAGGGGCAGGGGUGGGGCGACGGGGAACACCCGAGCACGUGGAUGUGCCUCGACUUCCUCGAGAGCGCGGUCGAAGGCGGGGAAGAGGUGGUGGACUACGGGACAGGUUCAGGGGUGCUGGCGGCGGCGGCGGUGGUGCUGGGGGCGAAGCACGUCACCGCGAUCGAUAUCGACGUCGAGAUCCUCGCGCACGCGAGGCAGAACUUUCUUCUGAACGGGAUCUCGGAGAAGGUGUUGGUGUUGCACGGCCGCGAAGUCUCGAUAGGCGAUCUGUCGGCGGAGAUCGUGGUGGCCAACAUGAUAGCCGGGCCAAUGCGGCGCCAGAUGGCGGCCCUGGUGCUGGCCGUCAAAGAGGGAGGCCUCUUGUGCCUCUCGGGGCUGCGCCCUUCGGACGCGCCCCUCAUCCGGAGUGAGUUCGGCAAGUAUAUGGACUGGGACGUUGGCCUCGAGGCAAGCCGGGAAAGCCCAACGUGGGGCGAGUACGUUCGGCUUGUGGGACGGUCCAAGCCUGGGCUAGCGUUGGGCGGGGGCCUGCGCGCCGAGCUCGAGAGAGCACUUUCUGAGGCUGCCGUGGCCUGA